GAGCAUAAAUGGCAGAAAGCACUUGAGCAGAUCUUCGAUGAGAACAACCCUGCAAACUUACUGCUCUCAUCUGACAACUUCCUGAAAGAAUAUUAUUCCCAGAUCCCUAAACCUGGGCAGUACCACAGACAAUACAGUGUUGGGGAGUCCCCGAUAGACUACCUACAAAAUGCAGUUUACUGUUUGGCUACUGCCAUCAAGUUCAGACCUAAUGAUCCAAACCUUCACUUUCGUCUUGCUAUGACACUUGAGGAGAAAUAUCACGCUGAGGAUAUGUAUGGGUUGAAAAAAGAGGAAAAAGUUGAAGCACCAUCAUUGAACCUCCAAGCUAAGGAGAGUUCUAAAGAGGAAGAGGUGUUUGCAAUCUGUAAACUAAAAGGGGUGGACCCGUCAGCUCCUGUUAGCCAUCAACUGCAAGCCCUCGAUGCAGAAUAUCAUCAUCUCCUGGACACCCAGCAAAGUGCAAAAGCUGAUCAUGUGCAGAAUCUGUAUGUGUGGUACAGCAAGAAAGUAUCCCAGGAAGGAGCUGCUGCCCACAAGGCUGAAGAUCACCAGUCUCCACUUGGUCAAGCUUACCAAAAGUACCUGGAUGCUCUUUGUCUGGAGGAGUCGAACGCUGACUACAACUUUCAUGUGGGCCGCAUGUUGGUCAUAAUGGGGAACUAUGAGGAUGCUAUAACAAGAUUACAGGCUGCACUUUCGAAAAAUUCCAAACAUGAAAUGGCAAGAUUAUACCUGGGUCUGUCCAUCAGCUUGAGCAAGGUGGAAUGGAAGAAAAGGAGCAAAGAGGCCAUCAAGUAUCUUUUGGCAGGACUGGAGAUACUGUUAUGUGAACUGUCAAAGGAAGCAAAUAUGGCUGAGGAGUUGGUAAUCAAAACCAGUCUGUUUGCUGAGAACUUAGUCCGAGCUACUAAUGUCCAUCUGCUACGAUCAGUCAUCCAGCUUGGCAAUUUGUUGAUGAAUAACAGUGAUGUGAAGGAAGCAAUGGCUCCAACAGAUGUUUUCCAUACAGCAGCUUUACUAGCAUCCCAAGUCUUGCCAAAAAUCUGUCGUGGUGACCUGUACAAGCAGGUCGAGUGGGUAUUGGUUGAUGCUCACACACAGCUGCUAGAAUUGUUGACACAGAGACCAGCAGGCAAUGAAGAUCUUAUUGCACUCAGAUGUCAGAGACUGUCAGCACUUAUAUUUAGUACAACCAUUUCUGGUAAUGCCAGACUUUUGGAACUUCAAGAAAAGACGUGUCAGAAACUGGUGAAAAUUCAGCCUUGUGUCAGUUAUGUCUUGUUCCUACUUGGCUCAGCCCAGCUGGCACUGUGUGAUAACAGCCCUGCUGGAGACAAAGUUAAGGAGAAACUAUUAGAGGCUAAAGCUUCCUUUGAAGCCAGCAUUGAAUUAGAAGGAAAGAGUACCAAAGGAAGUCCUCCUGAAGUGAUAAUCAAACAAAAGUGGUGGUCUGAACUGACAAAGAAAGAAAAUGCUGGCAAGACAGCAACAGCUGCACUUGAAGACACUAAAGGAUCAGCUUUACCAUCUGCACCAACAGGCACUGCACCAAAUGGUGGAAGAGGUGGUUCUACAGCUGCUGCUGGUCGUGGCAGAGGUGUUGCUGUGAAAGACAACAAACCAGUGGAGUCUUCAUCCUCCAACCCUCCAGCAAAAGCAGAUAAUCCUGCAGCUCGGGGUGGUACUGCUGCCACUAGAGGAGGACCUGCUGCUCGUGGAGGUGGAGGUAAGACCCCAUCUGCCCCAGCUGUAGCUACAGCUGUAGUACCAGAGCAAGAAUCAACAGCACAGCCCAGGACAGAACCACAAAUACAAACAUCUCUGAAAGUGGCUCAAGUGAAUGCCCCGUCCUAUCAGCCCAGACUAGGCCUAGCCAGGGUGCUAAGAGCAUUGAAUGAGCCAAAUGAAGCCAAAAAGUAUUAUUUUCAAGUCAUGGACAUGGCACCAGAGGUUCAUGAUGCCUACAUUGAAAGUGCAGAAAUGCUGAGCAAGACUGAUCCCCUGGAAGCUGUCAAUGUAUACUGCCGGUUUCCUAUCUCUGACAACCCUACUUAUGAUGAUGCCUACAUUUUUGGAGAGGUUGUUCGUAUUCUGAUAAAGAACGAAAAGUUUGACGAUGAGAGGCUGGUCAAGAAUAUGAUUGCCUAUGGAAAGGUGCUUGGAUUAGUUGUUCUUGAUAACUACACCAAGAUACUAGAGCAGAAACACAAGAAUGACCUGCUGAAGAAGGUGUAUGCUGGUGUCAACAACAAAUCUGUGGAUGAUCCUGAUAUGCAAGCAUUCUUUAAAUUUAAAUUUUGGAUAUAA